UGGGAUGCUGAGGAUCUAACUUGAAUCAGCCACAUACAAGGCAAAUGACUUACCUGCUGUUUUAUGGCUUUGGCUUCAUUGCUUGGUUUUAAAGAUCACUGUGGAGUAAAGGCAUCAUUUCUACAAAUUCACCACCCAGUCAGAAGGAAAUGAGUUUAAAAAUGAGUCAGACAGGACUUAUAACCUCACAACAGUUUCAUUUCAGAUCUGAUUUCCUACAGCAGUUUCACUUCCGAGUUUAGUCCAGUUCUAGUAAACUUUCUCACUGAGUCCUCAGUAAAUAGAAGCCACUGAAGAGACUGACAACAAAAAUUAUUAAAGAUUUCCAGGAAAAACCAUGGCCUUGUGCACAGCUAAGACCAUGAGGGAGGAAGCCACCUGCCCCCUCUGCCUGGAGCUGAUGACUGAGCCCGUGAUGAUAGACUGUGGACAUAUCUACUGCCGUUCUUGCAUAAUGAAAAAUCUUGAGAACCAGCAUCAGCAGUCAUCUUCCCAGGGAAACUUCCACUGUCCUGUAUGCAAGGCACAGUUUCAGAGGGAGAGUAUCCGACCCAGUAAGCAGCUAGAAAGCAUCAUUGGCACCAUUAAGAUGAUGGAGCAGGAACAUCUGUGUAGGGAACACGGAGAGAAGCUCAACCUAUUCUGUGAAGAUGAUGAGCAACUCAUCUGCUGGCACUGUGAGCGGACACCACAGCACAAAGGGCACACCGCGGUCUUUGCUGCAAAUGCAUAUGAAGACUACAAGGAUAUCUUCAAGGAAACUUUGACAUACCUGAGAAAACUCAAAGACCAAAAUAAGGAAUGGCAAGGGAACAUAAGAGAGCAAAUGACAAAAUUUCAGUCUGAAGUACUGCAUGAAAAAAAAUUGUGGCAGUUUGGCUUUAAGGAAAUUCACCAGAUCCUACACAUGGAGGAGAAUGCUUAUGUAUGGAAAGUAGAGAAUGAAAAAGAGAAAAUUCUGAAGACACUGAAGGACAGUGAAUCCCAGCUGGAGAAGCAAAGCCAGAAACUCAAUCAGAACAUCCUGGAACUGGAGAGGAAAUGUCAGGGCUCAGCCCAGGAGUUACUGCAGGAUGUGACAGACACUUUGCACAGGAUGUCUGUUAUGAAGUUAAAUGCACCAGAGGAUGUCUCAUUGAAUAUUCAGGCUAAGCUGGGUCCUGGUAACAUUUUAAGGGAACUUAUAAAAUUGUUUGAAACUUAUAAUGUUUCAGUUACUUUUGAUCCAGAUACAGCUCACAAUGACUUACUUGUGAACAAGGAUGAAAACAAGGUGACCAGUGGAUCACCCCAAGUGAAGCAUGAGACUCCUGCUAGGUUUAAAGACUUACCCUGUGUCCUGGGAUGUGAGGUCUUCACCUCAGGAAAACAUUCCUUUACAGUAUAUAACUUAAGAAGAUCUGAGUGGGAUGUAGGAGUGUGUCUGGAAAAUGUGCCAAGGAACAAUGACAUGAGACGGGAUCCUGAGUCUGGAUUCUGGGCCAUUAGAUGCUGCAAACAGAGGGACUAUGUAGCCCUUACAUCUCCCGUAACUCCACUUCGUCUGGAGGAGGAGGUUAGGUGUCUAAGGGUUUUCCUGGACUAUGAGGCCGGACUUGUCUCCUUUUACAACUCAAAUUCUAGCUCCUGCAUCUUCACCUUCCCACAGGCCUCUUUCUCUGGGCCUCUCAGGCCUUAUUUCCACAUUGGUGAAGGUUCUUAUUUGCACUUUGAUGAAAACUAAGAUUUGUAAGAAAUUUGUAAAAAAAGAUUUUAAGAUUUGUAAGAAAAGAGCACAGUAUCCUUAUUCUUGUAUGCAGUUCAAAGGAAUAGGAUUCCAAUCCUGUAAGGGUAGAAAUUUUGGUUGCUUUCUUCACUAUUUACCACAACCCUGAAUAAUGCUAAGCUCUAGUAGAUAACUAAUAGAUUUGCAUUGAUUGAAUGGAUAUAAAGACUCUAUGCAAGCACCACAAAUGAGGAACCUGCUUUAGAGGGAAGUUACUUAGUUACAAAGACCAGACACUAUCUGUCUGACUUCUCUUCAGUGUAUUCAGUUUUAUGAAAUAAAUACUUGGCCUGGAUAAAUUCCUACCAGUGAUUUCUUCUUAAGAAAUAAUAAAAAACCUUUCCUUUGAGUGUGAAAGUGUUAAAACAAUCCCAAAUCAAUCUCCCUUGCAGUGUCUUUUGUAAAUAUUGGGAUAAUACAGUCAAGACUAAAGAUCCUAGGAAAAAAUUAUGUGACCCACAAGAGUAAAAGCAAGCUCAGGUUAGAGAAAUAAACAAUAUGAAUAGUUUUAUUAGGGAGCAGCUUCCAUGUAAGAAACAAAGUGUACACAUUGCACUCACUGUGGUAUAUAUAAAAAAUAGUAUAAGACUACUCAAGGACAGUAGAAAUGAGGGCCAGGCAGACUGGUCCAUGUUUGGAAGUUUGCCAGAAAUAUGUGUUUGAGUGGGAUGUGUGGGGGGAUGCUAGAAAGAGAAGAGGCCACUAUAACACUGAUAGUUGGAGAUAAUCACUCUGGACCCAAACAAGCACCGAAAGGAGACAAAGGGGUGUACAUGAUUAAAUUUCAGUGUCUGUAUUUCAAACCUUAAUGCCCAAAAUUAAAGAGAAAGAUACAGAAAGAUAGAGAUUGGGAGAGAGAGAAGAAGAGUAAAA